AUGGGCGUCGCGACAAUAAUCGGUGCCUCUAUAAAAAUUGCCACUGUUUUCUUUGGCGUUGGCAAGAUUACUAUAAUCCCAGCACUGAUUACGGCGCUCGCGUACUUUAAUUACGAUCUCAUAGAUCCGGAGAAUCAUCCACGCGUGACAAAGGAGUUGAAUAAAAGCUAUGACUUUGUUGUAAUCGGCGGUGGUUCGGCCGGCAACGUGGUCGUUAACAGGUUGACCGAAAAUCCCGAAUGGAAUGUGCUAUUACUGGAGGCCGGAGGCCACGAGACUGAGAUAACUGACGUGCCAAUACUGUCUCUGUUCUUGCAUAAAAGUAAAAUGGACUGGCAAUAUCGCCCGCAACCGCAACACACGGCUUGCCAAGCUAUGGUCGAUCAUCGAUGCUGUUGGACCAGAGGCAAGGUCCUUGGAGGGUCUAGUGCUUUAAAUACAAUGCUGUACAUUCGCGGCAAUCGACGUGAUUUUGAUCAAUGGGAAAGUUUCGGAAAUCCUGGUUGGGGAUAUGAAGAUGUUCUUCCAUAUUUCAAAAAAUCACAGGAUCAAAGAAAUCCAUAUUUGGCACGCAAUACAAAAUAUCAUGGCACAGGAGGAUAUCUAACUGUACAGGAAAGCCCUUAUGUCAGUCCAUUGGGCAUAGCAUUUCUUCAGGCUGGCGAAGAAAUGGGUUACGAUAUUCGUGACAUCAAUGGCGAACAGCAAACCGGUUUUUCGUUGUUUCAAUUUACAAUGCGACGGGGUGCAAGAUGUAGCACUGCCAAGGCAUUCAUACGACCCAUUCAACUGAGAAAAAAUUUCCAUCUCUCCACGUUGAGCCACGUAACUCGGGUGCUGAUAGAUCCGCAAAGCAAGAAAGCAUAUGGAGUAGAAUUCAUCAGAAAUGGUCAUAAAGAGGUGGUGUUUGCCAAAAAAGAGGUGAUUCUCUCCGCCGGCGCUAUCAAUAGUCCACAAUUAUUAAUGCUUUCGGGUGUAGGACCAAGUACCCAUCUGGAGCAACUAGGAAUUCCCGUAAUUCAUAAUUCGCCCGGAGUCGGACAGAAUCUACAGGAUCACAUAGCAAUCGGAGGACUCGUUUUUCCAAUUGACUAUGAGGUUGGUAUUGUAAUGAAUCGAAUGGUAACUGUCACCUCGGCACUGAAAUACGCUAUCACUGAGGAUGGCCCAUUGACGUCCAGUAUCGGUCUCGAAGCGGUUGGUUUUAUUUCUACCAAAUAUGCCAAUCAGACCGACGACUGGCCCGAUAUUGAGUUCAUGAUAACGUCUUCGGGAAUCAGCUCCGCUGGCAAAAAUGCAAAAGAUGCUCAUGGUUUAACAGACGAAUUUUACAACGAAGUGUUCGGUAAAAUCAACAACCACGAUGUCUUUGGAGUGUUUCCAAUGAUACUCAGGCCUAAGUCGCGUGGCUAUAUUAGACUGAAAUCCAAAAAUCCUUUGGAUUACCCUCUACUCUAUCAUAAUUACCUCACUCAUCCAGAAGAUGUGGCAGUACUUCGCGAAGGUGUGAAAGCGGCAGUCGCCUUCGGCGAAACGAGAACUAUGAAGAAAUUCGGCUCUAGAUUUCAUAGCAAACCAGUACCCGACUGCAAGCAUUUUUCACUUUACACUGACGAAUACUGGACAUGCAUUCUGCGGAUUUAUACUUUGUCUAUAUACCAUAUGAGUUGCAGUGCUAAGAUGGGCCCUCCCAGUGACUCCAUGGCGGUCGUGGAUCCAGAGCUCAGGGUUUAUGGAAUCGAGGGUCUACGAGUUAUCGACGCGUCAAUCAUGCCAACUGUCACCAGCGGCAACAUAAAUGCGCCCGUUAUCAUGAUCGGCGAAAAAGGCGCCGAUUUAAUAAAGGCAACGUGGAUGCGAUCAUCCCAUUCCGAGAGAAAUAACAUCACGGUCGCUGCUUCGUGACACCUCAAUCGAUUUAAUAAUAUUGUAUAAUUUAAUGUAGUUAAUGACUCGAUUCUGCGAUUCGAUCAUUUUACUCUGCGCAUUCUCUGUAAUUAUCAAUUUAGUAUCAACGAUCCCAUAUAUUGGUAACCUAAUA